AUGGCCGACUACGCUGAGGAGCCUGCGGCUCGCUACGAUGACGAGCGCUCAUAUGAACGUCGUGAUCGAUCCGCCUCGCCCAGAGGCGGUCGCGACGAGCCAGCGCGCAGCCGCUCGCCCAACGGCCAUGACAGACCCCCUCCACCUCCCAAGGACAUCCGCAUGCAAGAACUUCAACAGGAGGAUGAAGAGGGUGCUACCAACACUGGUUCGAAUCUCUUCGUCACCGGCAUCGCCCCCAGCCUGACUGAGGCCGCCCUGUCUCAGCUCUUUGAGAGAUAUGGCGAAGUCGAGAACUGCUCCAUCAUGGUUGAUCCUCACACAAAGGAAUCCCGAGGCUUCGGUUUCGUCAAGAUGCUCACAUCCGAUCAAGCUGAUGCUGCCAAAGAAGCUCUGCAAGGCGAAACCCAUGAUGGUCGCACCCUGAGCAUCGAGAAAGCCCGUCGUGCCCGACCUCGCACCCCUACGCCUGGCAAGUACUUCGGGCCACCCAAGCGUGGUGACCAUCGUGGUCCUCCCCGUGGCGGUUAUCGUGAUCGCUUCGAUGAUCGUCGCGGAGGAUACGGCGGCGGUUAUGGCCGUCGCGACGAUCGCGGCCCUCCUCGCUCAUACGAUGAUGAUCGACGUGGCUAUGGGGGUGGCGGUUACAGACGCGAUAGAGAUGAUGGCUACGGUCGUGGCGGCAUCGAUCGCUACGAAGGUGGCAGACGCGGCGGCGAUGAUUACUACGGCGGCGGCCGAGAUGGCGGCCGAGACGGUGGCUACGGUGGUCCUCCUCGUGACUACGCUCCUCGUGGUGACCGUCGUGGCGGUGGCGGCUAUGGUGGCGGCUACGAUCGUGAGGAUCGCGGCUACGGUGGUGGUGCCCCUCGCGAUGCCCCUCGUGAUGCUCCUCCCCGCGACGAUGCCUACGGCGGCGGCGGCAGGGACUAUCCUCGUGAGGACCGCGGCUACGGUUCCCGUUAG